AUGAAUAAUACAACAUCAACAGAUUUAUAUUAUUAUAUUGAAAUAACAAAAAUAAUAUCAAAAACUAUCUCACCGUUUAUACUGAUAUUAUGUUUUGUUGGCAAUCUAUUAUCAUUUCUGGUACUAAUUAACCGUCGUUUACGUAAACAAACAACGGCAUGCUAUUUAGCUGUUCUAUGUGUAAUUGAAAUUGGAACAUGUUUUACGGGUCUACUAAGACAAUUUUUAAUUGAUGCAUUCAAAAUUGAUAUACGAACAAUGGAACAUUUUAUUACAAAUCCAUAUUAUCGUACAUGGACAUGUCGUAUUCAUAUUUACUUGACUUAUGUCUUUCUUCGUUUAUCACCCGUGCUUCUCGUCAUUGUGACGAUGCAACGGUAUUUUUAUGUAUCAAAAAAGUCGAUAUGUACACAAAAAAGUGUAUUUAUUCAAUUGUUUUUAAUAAUUACUAUUGUUUGUUUAUGUGAAUCACAUUUUUUCAUUUAUUAUGAAUAUACGUUAUCGGAUACACGACCGAAAUCUGAGCUAAAAAUGGAAUGUACAGUAGAUAAAGAACGAUACAAAACUUAUUACAAAUUUCGUAGUGAAUAUUACGGAAAAAUAUCGUUGUUUCUAUUCACACUAUUACCAUUUGUACUCAUGGUCAUAUUCAAUGGUCUUCUAAUACGCACCAUUCAUCAGUCAACCAAACGUAGUCAAAGUAAAAAAUCAUCAAAAAAACGAAAUAUUACACGAAUGCUACUAACUGUUAGUCUAUUUUAUACCACUCUCACAUCACCAGCGAGCAUUUACAUUGCCGUUGCACCACCAAAAUAUCAAUUAUUACCAUGGUAUGUCAUACAAUGGACAUUGUUAAGACUGCUCUUUUAUCUCUGUCAUUCGGUCAACUUUUUACUGUACUGUGCUAGUGGCUCAACAUUCCGUCAGGACUUUUUAGCGAUGAUUUUAUGCCAUACGUCAUCAUCAUUACAACAUCGUCAUACAGCUCGCCAUCAUCCUCAACAACAACAACAACAACAAUUACCAUCGACUUUUUCAAAAAUAGCCUGUUGUUGUUUAUGUUCAAAACGAGAACGAACCCAUGCGCUAAUAGAAUUUUCAGAUUACUUACCAAAAGAACGAGCUGGAGAUACGAUGAUAAAUUCAUAA